AGUAGUAUAUACACCGUGCUCAUAUUCGCAACGUCGCGUCUGCGCGCGUGUUUCAUGUCCGCUGAAACGCAAAUUGAGAAAGUUUUUUCAAGCAAAUUGUCUAUAAUUUCGUAUUCGAAACAUUCACAUGUGAUUUUGCUUACCGCCUUGGCGGUGUACAACGCAAUGGAUUAUCAAGAUGAGCGACAUUUCAGCUGCAAGCCUAGAAUGUCGGGGAGCUCAUCUCACAGGGUUGUAAACUUCAUCGUUUUGGUAUUCAUAUUUACCAUCGAUAUAACAUUUGUUUCUGAAGCCAUUUCACAGGAGCAGAAUGCGCCGCCAAUAUUAUACGUUAGAGAACGAAAUUGGCGUAUUUCAGAAUCGGAAGAGGUGGGUCAGAUUAUUGAUCGCGUUCGUGCCGAAGACGCUGACGGAGAUGAUCUCGUAUUCGGAAUUGAGCCGCGCUUCCUCCCGCUCAUCGGCUCGAGUCAACAGACGAAUACACAGGGCAAACUGCCCUUCCGUAUAGAUCGCAAUACAGGUGUCGUCUAUCUGAACGAGAGCUUAUCUGGACGGGCCGGUGAAAAUUUUCUGAUAUAUAUAACUGUGUCGGAUGGACGCUACACAGCCAAAAAUGAAGUGUUUAUUAACAUAUUGGGAAGUCACGAAAGUGGAGGGUAUCAGGGGUUUGGAUCUCGUUCACCACCCUCGAUAUCGAACGUGGUAAAGAAUAUCUCCCAGUUCCUGCCAUCAUUUGAUCAACUGCCCGGCGUGCAGUCCAUUCGAAAUGGCUUGCCAAACCGGAGGCCGACGUUGAAUUUACCUCAAGGUUUUCCGACAAGCAACGCUGGCAACUUCGUACCACCUCCCUUUAAAAAGCUGUAUCCUCCAAUAACAGCUCCGGACUUGAGCCAAGACGAAGACAAUAAAGUAGUUGACACAGAGCCGACACAGACGCCCGCCUCGGUCCAAUCCACAAAUAGCACUACUGCAUCUACCCCGCGUAGUCGCACCAAGCUGACACCAAUAGCUAAUCACACCUCAGACAACUCUCUGCCCUCUGAGGCAGACUCUAAACCUGAUCACAAGGACGACAGCGGUCAGAGCAAGCUGACUGAUUUCAACUUAAAGUCCUUCGCAAGUCCAAUUAUUAUUGGGCUUUGUUGCAUUUUUGCAAUAUCUUUGACUAUUCUCGCCUAUGUGUGUCGCAGUCGCUUGUGCGCUAUCAGCAAAACGAUGAAGAAGUCCAAGGAGAAGGAAGAACUCUCCAAGAAGUCCAACCCUAGUCAUCUCAGCAACACGCUAACCGACGACAGUCGCAAUUCGAUGGUCAUGCAACAGUGGCAAGGACCUUCCGCCUUCGGGAACCGCUACGUGCCCUGGGAGCGGGAUCAACAGCUACCAAUAACGUCAUCAUAUCAACCACCAAUGAAUGCAGCGAACAGCAUGGAUGCUUCAAUGUCAGCCUCCGCUGUAGGAUCAACCGGGCUGACUAACGGUACGCCUAACGGACGUGCCACUCUAUCCGAAGGUGGCCUCGGCACUGAUCCCAACACAGAUCAUUGGGAGUUCCCAAGGCAUCGACUGAAGUUCUUUAAUAUACUGGGUGAAGGUGCCUUCGGCCAAGUUUGGCGCUGCGAAGCAACUGGCUUGGCCGGCUCCACGGAGGUCACUACGGUUGCAGUGAAAACUUUGAAGGAGAGUGCAGAUGAAAUCGAAAAAAAGGAUUUGCUCUCCGAAUUAGAGGUGAUGAAAAGUCUGGAGCCUCACGUAAAUGUCGUUCAGCUUUUGGGUUGCUGCACAGAAAAGGAUCCAACCUUUGUAAUACUCGAGUACGUUAGUCGAGGAAAACUGCAAACAUAUUUGAGAAACUCACGAGCAGAAAGGCAUUAUGGAAAUACUCACGGAAAAUCAAAUGUGUUGACAUCAGGCGACUUAACUUCGUUCAUGUAUCAAGUUGCCAGAGGAAUGGAUUAUUUAACGUCGCGCGGGAUCAUCCAUCGUGACCUUGCUGCGCGCAAUAUUUUGAUCACUGAUGAUCAUACAUGCAAAGUCGCUGAUUUUGGAUUUGCGAGAGAUAUCGUCACAUCUAAGAUAUACGAGCGAAAGAGCGAAGGAAAACUUCCAAUUAGAUGGAUGGCUACAGAAUCACUUUAUGAUAACAUAUUUUCAAUAAAAUCGGAUAUCUGGAGCUUUGGUAUAUUAAUGUGGGAGAUCGUUACAUUGGGAUCCACACCUUAUCCAGGUAUAUCCGCUGCCGAUGUAAUGCGCAAGGUUCGAGACGGAUAUCGUCUUGAAAAACCAGAGCAUUGUCGAAGGGAGCUCUACAAUAUUAUGUACUACUGUUGGUCCCAAGAUGCCAAUGAGCGACCAACGUUUGCAGAGAUAAUAAAGAUGCUCGACAAAUUACUGCACACUGAAAUGGACUAUAUCGAAUUGGAACGUUUUCCAGACCAUAACUAUUAUAAUAUUGUGAAUCUCAGUGGGGAAAAAUUAUAAGUCACAAUGUUUUAUUUACAAAAAAAAGA